AUCCGUCCUGAUACAAACACAAUUUUACCCAAAUAGAAUCAGCGCCAGGUAGCAAUCUGCACUGCCGAUCAACACCCACGUACCCAAAACACAAGUCAUUAUGUGUAACCAAGUAAAGGCCCUUCGCAGCCAUGCAACACAAGUAUAGACAUUUCUACAUGCAACUAACCCAACACGUUUCACCCAAUAUUCGCCACCUCCCAAACCCCUAAACCCUCUAUAAAUAGCCGAUCCUCCCUUCCUACUCCACAACACACAACAGAGUCGAGUAGUCUCUCGCAAUGGCUUCCUCUUAUUUACUUUGUUUCACAAUAUGUUCUCUAGUGCUGUUCAAUGUUUGCUUAGCUCAACUUGAGCAAGUGUCCCAGAUGAGUCCAACUACUGAACAGAGACGAGGGCAGCAACAACGAUGGGUGUCCGAGUGUCAGAUUGAGCGCUUAAACGCAGCCGAGCCACAUCGUAAGAUUGAAUCCGAGGCCGGAAACACUGAAAUAUGGGACGAGAAUGACGAGCAGUUCCAGUGUGCUGGAGUCACCGCCGUUCGCCACACUAUUGAAAGGAAAGGCCUCCUGUUGCCUGCUUACGCCAAUGCUCCUAGGCUCCUCUAUGUAGUCCAAGGUAGGGGAAUUCAGGGACAAGCAAUUCCAGGUUGUCCAGAGACAUUCCACUCAGAAUCAGGGUCCCAAAGGAAAGAUAUCCCAAGAGACCAACACCAGAAGGUCCGAAGAAUCCGAGAGGGUGAUGUUGUUGCUGUACCUACUGGAGUCACUGACUGGAUUUACAACGACGGCGACUCCCAGCUCAUUCUCGUCCAAAUUGUCGACGUUGGUAACGAUGCCAACCAGCUCGAUCAGAACAUGAGGAAAUUCUACCUCGCUGGAAACCCACAACAAGAAUUACAAGGACAGAGGGAGCUCCAAGGCCAGAGCGAGAGGGAGAGACAAAGUCGGCACCGCAGGCCAAGAGGCAGCCAGCAAGACAACGCUGGAAGCGUCCUCAGCGGCUUCAGCGAGCGAAUUUUGGCCGAGGCAUUCAACAUUGAUACCAACCUAGCCCAGAAAAUUCAAAACAGAAAAGACAGGAGGGGAAUUAUUGUCCAAGUCCGCGAGGAACUCAGAGUGGUCAUGCCAGAAAGCGGACGAGAGGAGGAAGAACACGAGAGGGAGCAAGGAAGAAGACUACAACCUCUACCAAUCAACGGCAUAGAAGAAACUUUCUGCUCAGCCAGGAUGAAGCAUAACAUCGCCGAUCCCAAACAUGCCGACGUGUACACCACACGUGGUGGUAGAAUCUCAUACCUCAAUGCCGCCGACCUUCCGAUCCUCCAACACUUGCAACUUAGUGCGGAGUACGGAAAGCUAUACAGAAACAGAGUUGAGUCACCACACUAUAACCAGAACUCGCACAGCAUCGUUUACAUAAUCAGAGGUGAUGGACGGAUGCAGGUUGUGGGAGACAACGGAGAGUCAGUUUAUAACGGCCAGGUUCGAGAGGGACAGAUGAUCGUGGUCCCACAGAACUACGUGGUGAUAAAAGGGGCUGGUGAGAACGGAUUGGAGUUCAUCGCAUUUAAGACUCAUGACACGGCGAAGAUCAGUUCGUUGGCGGGGCGUACCUCGAUAUUGAGGGCAAUGCCGGUGGAGGUGUUGAUGAACUCGUAUCAGAUCUCUAGAGAGGAUGCGCGGAGAUUGAAGGAGGGUAGACAGGACGUGACUGCUUAGUCCGACUCACUGUGUUUGUAAUGAAAGAGGUAAUAUGUUUAGGUGAAUAAAUGCCUUUAUGUAGGCAGGACUAGAGUCGGUCAAUAGGCCAGUUUGGUUUGUGGCUGGUCAUCCUAUGUUACGUAUUAAAAUGUGUAAA